GAAAGGUGGUACCUUUACUUGCCAAUCUAAAAAAUCCACGUGAUCCCGAAGGAAUGUCAACAACGUCGUUAGUAGGCGGAGUAACUGUCAAUCAACUCAAUUGCUGGAUAUGGAGGAUAAACGGAAUAGUCAUACGCUACCGAUAAUAGGCUUAUUCUGCUUAGAAAUUAAAAACGAUAUAACAUUUAAACUUUAACAGUAUAAUAUUUGCUAUCUAACAAUUAUUAUUUGCUAAGCUAUAAAUGAUUCAAAAAAAUGUCGAAUGAGAUGACGAAGGAUAAAUUCUCCCAACCUCCAACGAUCUCAAUUUCCGUAUAUGAUCUUACUGUAGAUUGAAUUGUUAUCUCCAUAAAUCAAGAGUCCUAUUAAUAAAAAGUCCUUCCCCGAUAAACAUGCCAUCACCUGCUUGUAACGUGACAGAUAAGGAUUGAAAUAUCGAGAGGAGGAUAGGAUUAGGAGAGGACCUACCUCCAAAACAUUUGGCUGGAUGUGGACGAAUUCUUGGUAAAGACUGCAAGCGACCAUCUUAAAAUACCAGGAUGUGUUAUUUUUGGAUGCGAUGCGGUGGAUUGGCCUUGAAGGAGACUCAGUACAGUGUGCAUCUGUCGGCGGUACGACAUUAGUGUUGAACGUGCAGGAAAAUUCUAUCUAUUAAGAUAUGAAGUGGACGGUUCGAUCUUUGAUAAUGAUGUACGCCGGCUCUGUGCUCGCCCAUCGCCCCUCGCAUCCCACUAUCAAAGAAGACGGUUAGGGGAGACAGGAAAAAAGAAAAGAAAAAAACGCUAAUUCGGUGUUCAGUGAGUGUCGCGCGACCCUUAUGAACCGAAGGGAAGGCGAUCGUUCCAUGUACAGGGAGCGAAAAGACGAACCACCACCACCACCACCACCCUCCAAUAACAACAACAAUAAUAACAACAACGUUCAAGUUGUCAGUAUCCAGAAUUUCCCCGUUAUCACCGGUCAGGAUGGGAGGAAACCUACUAAAACCUCUAGAUGUAGUUAUGGAUAUCGUCUCAAGGCCCUUGCCGAGAUUAGAAACAGCCUUUUGCCCUUUGCCACCGGCGAUCUGACCGAAUUGAGUAGUGCCAGUAGUAGUACCACUAGCGAAUGUGGAUGCGGUCAAGUCGACGGGGCAUCGAACGAGUUGGACUGUAAUUCUCAGAUUAUCUUACAACAGUAUGCCAAUUCUAGAGAUGCCGAGGAACCAUCACAUCGGAUAACAAAGCUAUCAUCAGGCAAAUCCAUUGAACCAAAUUUAGAAGGCAAGCAAGAUGCUGUAACAGAAAAUCAAAAACAUGAAAUUAAUGGUCUCACAAGAUCUAAUCUUUUGAAUGCAAAACCUCUUCGGAAAUUAAAUGUUCAAGAAAGCUGUAACCGGGAAUUAUCUAGAUCUGUGGAAAAUUCUGGUAAUGCACAUACAGAUAACUCUGGUAUUAGCAUCACUGGUCUUCAACAUCGAAUUCUUCCUGAUGCACCCAAAUUAAUUGGUGGAAAUGGAAAACAUAUUUCAGAUUCUCAGAAUCAUCAUCAACUUUCUCGACAACAGUCACCAAAUUUUCCACACAAUGAACCUCCUCCACCUCCACCUCCACCUCGAGGGAUACAGGGUCCUCCAACUCCACCUUUAACUCAGACUCCUUAUGGUGGUUUAGUUGGAAAUCAUGUUCAACAUUUUCUAAAACGGAUAUCUCCUGUGCCACAUGCUUCAAGACAGCAAACUGUUGGGUCUUCCUCUUCAACACCACAGCGAGGAACGAGUCCAGUUGCAUUAGGUUGGGCUACUGCUGUGGUAUCAAAUGCCAUUCAAGCAAAACAGCAAUUAGCUCAUCAACUUCAAAAUUUAAAUAUUUACUCUAGUAGUACAUCAUCAUCACGAACUGAACCACCACCACCAUAUCCAUCUAGUUCUUCAUUAUAUUCUUCUUCUCCUCCAUCAUAUGCAUCAUCUAGCUCAGGAAGACAGAGUCCUACACCAACAAUCAGUAGUAGUGAAUAUUCAGUGCCGCCUGUUUUACAGCAUAAGAAAACACCACCACCGUCUGAAAAUUCUAUACAAACACAACAUUCUUAUAACUUUCAAGCCACUUCUGCACAUGUAUCAGUUUCUGCAGCAACUGUUUUGACUACAGCCAUUCCUCGUACUACUUCAUUACAAGCAUGGAGUGUACGUCAAGCAAAAUCACAACCUCCAGUUAUUAUGCAAUCUGUGAAAAGCACCCAAGUGCAAAAACCAGUUCUUCAAACAGCUAUAGCUCCUACUGCUCCAGCUGUAACCACUGCAUCACAUGCAGUAUCAUAUAUUCAACAAACAAAUCAACUACCUGCUUGUUUAACUCUUGCUCAAAUGAAUCAUGCCACACCUUUUUCUUCAGUACAAAGUGUCCCAACAUAUUCUCAAAAUUUACAGGCACCCAUUAAUAGUUCAUCAAAUUCUCAAAUAACUUCUACUUCCUCUCCUGCAGAUGUCUAUCAUACAUUGGCAACUGGACAAGUAACAAAUUCUACAUUUUAUACUUCAAAUGCUCGCAGUCAUUUAACAACAACUGCCAUUCUAACUGCUAGUCAGCAGACACAAACUUCAUCAUCAUAUAUGAUACCAUAUUCAUCAAACAUAAAUUUAUUUACCAAUUCUAACCAAAUGCCCCCUCCACCUUAUACGUCUUCAAUUCAGUCAAGUGGAAUAGCAAAUCUUCCACCUUCUUAUUCAGCUAUUGUUAAAAAUACUGGUAAUUCAUGUGGAGAAUGUGUAACUGUAAAUGCUAAUUUAACAACCAUAGCACCUCAUUUGCCAAACAAACAAAAGAAGAAAGUGAAACAAGAUGGACCAUUAGGUAUAGUAUCUGUGCAUAAUCAACUGGCAUCUACUGUACCAACAACAGAUCCUCCAAGCUAUGAAACCAGCAUUGCUGCAUUAGCUGCACAAAAAGCAGCUUCUUCUGCACUUAAUAACAAUUUACCUCCAUCUUUUACAAAUUCUGGAAAUCCUGUUUCAGUUAAUAUAUCUAUUUCUGCACCAUUAAUUAGUAGUAAAACAUCGAAUCAUCCUACAACAUGUAAUUUAGUAGAUACUGUAGAAAGCAUAUGUAUUUCACAAGUUUCAGCUCUUUCAGAUGCAAAUAAUAUGAGAGUAAAUCUUAACAUGCAAGGUGAAUCUAUGCCUUUUUCUUCACAUUCUUCUUUGCAAAGAAAGCCAUCACCAGUUUCCAUGGAUACAGCAAGUUCAGCAUCAAGAUCAGACUCUCCAGUUUCACAUGGUCUAAGUCAGUCUCCUGUUUCAUUUAUGUCUACCACAUCUACUUCAUCACCAUCAACACAAUCAGACACAACACAAGAUAGUAGGAAAAAUCCUUCAUCACCAUCUUAUAAACUUUCUCAUCAAUCUCCAAUACCUCCAAGAAAAGUCUUAUCAAAAGAAAAGGAGGAGGAAAGAAGAGAAUCAAAAGUUAAAAAUUAUUCCCCAGCUGCCUAUAAAUUUUUCAUGGAACAACAUGUAGAAAAUGUCUUAAAAUUUCAUCAGCAGAGAGAGCAUAGGCGACAGCAAUUAGAAACUGAAAUGGCAAAAGUAGGUUUAUCUAAUGAAGCUCAGCAUCAGAUGCGAAAGAUGUUACAUCAAAAAGAAUCAAAUUAUAUUCGUUUAAAAAGAGCAAAAAUGGAUAAAUCCAUGUUUACAAAAAUUAGAACAAUUGGAAUUGGUGCAUUUGGAGAAGUUGCAUUAGUUAGCAAAGUUGAUACUAAUCAUUUAUAUGCAAUGAAAACUUUAAGAAAAGCAGAUGUUUUAAAAAGAAAUCAGGUGGCCCAUGUCAAAGCUGAGAGAGACAUUCUAGCAGAAGCAGAUAAUGAGUGGGUAGUUAAGUUGUAUUAUUCUUUUCAAGAUAAAGACAAUCUGUAUUUUGUGAUGGAUUAUAUUCCUGGUGGCGAUCUCAUGUCCCUGUUAAUCAAACUAGGAGUAUUUCAGGAAUCACUUGCCCGGUUUUACAUUGGAGAACUUGUGCUUGCAGUUGAAAGUGUUCACAAAAUGGGAUUUAUUCAUAGAGAUAUCAAACCUGAUAACAUUCUUAUUGAUCGAGAUGGUCACAUUAAACUAACAGACUUUGGUCUAUGCACAGGGUUUCGUUGGACUCAUAAUUCAAAAUAUUAUCAGAGUAAUGGGGAACACAGUCGCCAAGAUUCAAUGGAUCCAGAAGAAAAAUGGAAUAACAAAUGCCAUUGUAAGAGUAGUGCCAAUUUAAAACCUUUAGAAAGGAGGAGGCGAAGAGAACAUCAAAGGUGUUUAGCUCAUUCAUUAGUUGGUACACCAAAUUAUAUUGCACCUGAAGUGUUAAUGAGGACUGGUUAUACACAGUCAUGUGACUGGUGGAGUGUUGGGGUAAUUUUAUAUGAAAUGUUAAUAGGACAACCUCCUUUCUUGGCCAGUACUCCUGCAGAAACACAAUACAAGGUGAUUAAUUGGGAAACAACACUACACAUACCAAAAAUGGCAAAUCUUUCUACAGAAGCAGCAGAUUUAACCUUGAAACUGUGUUGUGGACCUGAUAAAAGACUGGGAAAGAAUGGAGCUGAUGAUAUCAAAAAACAUCCAUUUUUUGUUUCCAUAGAUUUUGAGGGUGGCCUCAGAAAACAGCCUGCUCCUUAUCUACCUAAGAUAAGGCAUCCUGCAGACACUUCCAAUUUUGACCCAGUAGACAUGGAUAAACUAAGGAGCAGCAAUUCCAAUUCUAGUGAAGAGAGUCCAUCUGAAGAGGGAUCAGAAAAUGGAAAACAUUCUGAGCAUGCCUUCUUUGAGUUUACAUUUCGGCGUUUCUUUGACGAUGGAGGACAGACUUAUCCUGCAAGGACUAAUUUGGAUGACAAUGAUAAUCAAGGCUCGCCAGUGUAUGUGUAAAGUGUGUCAAAAAUGCUUGUUUCAUUUUAAUUUAAUAUCAUUUACUAUAUAAUAGAAAGAAAUCCAUUUAUCUCAAUAAGAUACUGUUCUGUAUAUCCUUAAUCUUCAGAUCUCAGGGAUAAAAUCAAUACAAAACUGCAAGAAAUCCUCACGGUGUCCGGUGUCAAAACACCUUAAAUGUAUUAACAGAAUCCGGGAUCAAAAGUGACACCCAACAAAAUGUGUAAGAUUUAUUGUGAUUAUGUACUUUGUCAGAAGCUUAGCUAUAGUGAUUGAUUAAAAAUAUCAAGCCGUGCCUUAGAAUAAA